AUGACAGUACAAGCUCCCCUUGCUCAGCUAACUGCUGAGGCUUACCCCAAAGUCAAAAGGAACUCCAAGUUCAAAGUUCUUGAUGCUGCUGAUAUAGAUUUCUUCCGUUCUAUCCUAUCAAGUGAUGAACUUGUGGAAUCGAGAUCUCCAGAAGAGCUGGCCUCUUUCAAUCAGGAUUGGAUGAAGAAAUACAGAGGGCAGUCGAAUUUGGUUCUCUUGCCAAACUCUACUGAAAAAGUUUCCAAAAUUAUGAAAUACUGUAAUGACAACAAAUUGGCCGUCGUGCCACAGGGUGGUAACACAGAUCUAGUUGGAGCUUCUGUUCCCGUGUUUGAUGAAAUUAUCCUGUCCCUGAAAAAUAUGAAUAGAAUUAGAGACUUUGACUCCGUUAGUGGCACUUUCAAAUGCGAUGCAGGUGUUGUGAUGCGCGAUGCUCACAAGUUUCUGCACGACCACGACCAUAUCUUCCCGCUGGACUUGCCUUCUAGAAACAAUUGCCAUGUGGGAGGCGUGGUUUCCACCAAUGCAGGUGGUUUGAACCUGCUAAGAUACGGUUCCCUGCAUGGCAACGUUUUGGGUUUGGAGGUUGUGCUACCAAAUGGUGAAAUCAUCAGCAGUAUUAACGCACUGAGAAAAGAUAAUACUGGCUAUGAUUUAAAGCAGCUGUUCAUUGGUGCGGAAGGUACUAUUGGGAUCAUCACUGGUGUCUCAAUUCUCGCAGCCGCUAAGCCAAAGGCUUUGAAUGCAAUCUUCUGUGGUAUUGACAAUUUUGAUACUGUUCAGGAUUUAUUUGUUAAGGCCAAGGGUGAACUGUCUGAGAUUCUCUCAGCUUUUGAAUUUAUGGAUCGCGGUUCCAUCGAAUGUACUAUUGACUACCUGAAAGGCUUGCCAUUCCCCUUGGAAAACCAUCACAACUUCUAUGUUCUCAUAGAGACGUCGGGAUCAAACAAGAGACAUGAUGACGAGAAGUUGAGCGCCUUCCUUUCAAGUGCCUUGGAUGCCAAACUACUUUCUGAGGGAGUCAUGGCCAAGGACAAAGCUGACUACGAUAGAAUCUGGACUUGGAGAAAGUCCGUCCCACCAGCUUGUAAUUCAUAUGGUGGUAUGUACAAAUAUGACAUGUCGCUACAGCUGAAGGAUCUGUAUUCUGUCUCCGAGGCUGUAACGAAGAGAUUGAACGAAGCUGGUCUAAUUGGUGACGCUCCAAAGCCAAUUGUGAAAUCCGUUGGUUACGGGCACGUCGGUGACGGUAACAUUCAUUUAAACAUUGCCGUCAGAGAAUUCACGAAAGAGAUCGAAAACCUAUUAGAACCUUUUGUUUAUGAAUAUAUUGCCUCAAAGAAGGGUUCCAUCAGUGCUGAGCAUGGUGUGGGUUUCCAUAAAAGGGGCCAUCUACACUACUCUAGAAGUGAUAUCGAGAUUAGAUUUAUGAAGGAUGUUAAGCGCCACUAUGAUCCAAAUGGUAUCCUCAAUCCAUACAAGUACAUCUAA